GAAUGGAAAAGUGGGGGAUGCAUAUAAGACCCUGGGACCCUCUCGAUGCGACCCAGUAGUCUCUAGUCAUCAAUUCCUUCACGUUCGAAGAACCGUGACUUGAUUCUGAGAUAACGAGCAGACCGUACCUUUUUCCCCAAAUAUUCACGUCCUCCGUCAGGAUGAAGACGGAGGUGUUGUGUCUGCUGAUCUGUCUCGGUGUUGUUACCGCCUUAACGAGGAAGCAAGAAUCACUCGAGCAGAGUCGCAGGAAAGCAGCUUUGCCAGCGUUGCAGAAGAAGCAGCAACCCGUGUCAGUGGAGCAGGAGGAGUACGAGGAUGAAGAAGAACUCUCUGAACAGUGUCCUGAACCCAAUGGUUUCUUCCCUGACGCGGGUCAGUGCGACAAGUACUACGACUGUCGAGAUGGCAAGGUUAUAGAGAAACUGUGUCCAGAUGGUCUCGUAUUCAACGACUUCAGUCCCCAACACGAGAAGUGCGAUCUCCCAUUCGGAAUCGACUGUACAAAAAGGCCAAAAUUACAAAAACCACAACCCUCUCCGCAUUGUCCAAGAAUGCACGGCUACUUCGCUCACGAGGACCCCAGAAUAUGCAACACGUUCUACUACUGUGUCGAAGGAAAGUUUAACAUGAUCACGUGUCCGGACGGCCUGGUCUUCUCGGAAAAGACUGGCAUCUGCAAUUGGCCGGAUGAGGCACAGAAGAAAGGCUGUGGUUCUAGGGAAUUGUUCAAUUUCACGUGUCCCAAAGUCGACGAUGCCACUGCUGCCACGCAUCCACGUUAUCCAGACACGGAGGACUGCCAAUACUUCUACGUGUGCGUCAACGGAGAGGUACCUAGGAGAAGCGGAUGCAAAUUAGGCCAAGCUUUCGACGAGCGAACUGGGAAAUGUGAUUGGGCAAGGAAAAUACCCGAAUGCAAAGACUGGUACAAAGGCCAAUUGACUGACGAGGAAUUGGAUGCCUUGGAAAACCCACCGCCGAGGCCGAAACCUACCGGUGGACAUGGCAGAAGAAAAGGCGCCAAACCGACGUAGCUUUAAGGCUAAAUUCAUAUGUAGAUCCUAAUGUUUACUGACUUGUUAAAUAUCACCUGGAAAAUAAACCAUUUUUAA